AUGUAGGCCAGCUCAGGAUGACCCACUCCUACUACCAGCAUGUCUUCAUUUUGUUGGAAAGAAGUACCGUGAGCAUCAUCAUAAACACAGAUGGGUGAGACCUGUGCUCCUCAAUGGAUGCCAAGAAAAGGAUGUCAUGUUGUAGAAAUUAGAAGCAGAAGAUGUUUAAUGCUGUCAGAUGUCCUGCCAGAUGCCUUUACGUCAGAUGGUGCUCAUCCUACGUCAAACAGACACGCUUCCUGUUUGAAUUAAAGGAAAAUGAUGAAAUUUGUCGCCAGGCGCUAAAAUUAGGAUCAUUUUAUCUGUUCCACAAUCUUUCACCCCUUGUACGCAAGUCUGACAGUACUUAUUAUGCACCAGUGUUAAGCUGUUCAGAGUUAAUGAAAACCCUCAGCCAGCACGGAACAGACAAGUUGACCUUGGAGGAGUCAGUUCUUGUUGGUUGCUCAGAAUCAUGCACUGCGGAAUUUGCACUGGACCUAGGGACCCUGGAACAAUCCAAUUUGGAGAAAGAAUUAUCAGGAAAGUUUACAGAUUUCCGUAAAGCUAUUGUGAAAAUUGAUGGAAGAGAUGGAUCCUUGUUGUCUCGGGGACAGGCUCUUCUUCGUUGGCAUGAAAAUAAUCAAUACUGCAGUAAAUCAGGAGAACCCACCCAGAAAAAUGUGUCUGGCAGUAAGCGAGUUUGCAGUUCUAAUGGAAUGAUCUAUUACCCUCAGAUGUCUCCAGUUGUCAUCACCCUGGUGUCUUGUGGAAACCGUUGCUUGCUUGCUCACCAGGAGACCUUCCCACCUGGGAUGUACACAGCCCUGGCAGGCUUCUGUGAAAUUGGUGAAACGCUGGAGGAGACUAUUAAAAGAGAGGUAGCAGAAGAAGUUGGGUUAGAAGUUGACUCUCUUCGAUAUUCUGGAUCUCAGCACUGGCCUUUCCCUAACAGUUCCCUGAUGGUAGCAUGUCAGGCUACAGUGAAAAAUGACAAGCUCAAUAUCAACAAAGCCGAGUUGAAAGACGCCAGGUGGUUCAGCUUGGAUGAAGUGAUUGAAGCUCUGCAAGUGAAAAUGAUGCCUCCAAAAAUGGCAGAUGGCACCAUGCCAGUAUGGGUACCACCGAGGUUUGCCAUUGCUCAUCAUCUGAUCCAGGAAUGGGUACAAGAACAGAAGACGCAAUUGAAAAUAAAGUAAAACACUGAGGAUAAUCAGAAGUCGGUGCUCCACUUAUACUAUGAAAGUGCGAUCUCUGUCAGUGCAAUGAUGCCAAUAUCAAAUGAUGGUCGAGGAAUGACAUACAGUACAGAUAAAUGAUAGACUCCAUAAGUGCAAUUGUAUCUCUCCUAGCCUAGUACAUAUGUGCACGCACAUUGAUUGUUAUUUUUAUAAUAAGUUAUCUUUUACCUGAUUGAGAACUUUGAGAAAUACACAUAUUUAAACAUCUAUAUAUAUAUAUAUAUAUAUAUAUAUAGCAAUAUCAGCACCUGGUAUUCUAAAACCAGCCAUAUCUAUCGAAUAACUAUAGUUUGUUUAUUUCAGACAGAAAGGGUAUUUUGUUGGUCUGCCAGUAUUAAAACUGCCUUCUGACUUGAGACUAUUUUAUACAUAUUAUAAAUAAU